AUGUUUUUAGUUGCCCUAAUUUCCUGUGCAUUUUUAUUUUAUCUCACUUCUUGUUGUGAAGACCUAACACUACCCCACGCCGCGACAUCGAUAUUAAGGACGACCGACAGGACGUCGAUCAUGACGAGACCCCCCCGUUGGGAGGGAGAUAAGCCAGGAGAUCAAGACCGCUACGCACGACGUGCGGAGUUGAACAAAUAA